AUGUUUCACGGUGACAACAGCUCCGACUGUCGGCUGGUAAGGAUGAAGACCCAGAUCCAUACGAUCAGUGCUCCGAACGACGGUUCGUACGACAACGAAGCGCUCAGCUGCUCAACGAUCGACAUAUCGACGCACAAUGGCGAACCGCACGGGGGUUUACGUGGUUCGAACGAAUUCAUUCUUUCCGAUACGGGAAAAAAGAUUACGGGCGAUGAUCAAACGGGACAACUUAAUCUAUGGCUUCAGCGUAAGGCUAAAAGUGCGUUCUCCGAGAAGAUGAUUAAAAAACGGUUGCCCAUCCUACGGUGGCUGCCACAGUAUAACUCCACGGAUGCGGUCGGGGAUUUAGUGGCGGGAAUAACCGUCGGCCUGACGGUAAUACCACAAGCGCUUGCCUACGCCGGUAUUGCUGGGGUUCCCGCAGCGUACGGACUUUACGGAUCGUUCCUCGGCUGUAUCGUGUACAUUGUGUUCGGUAGCUGUAAGGAUGUGCCGAUGGGUCCGACCGCCAUUGCCUCGCUGCUUACCUUCCAAACGGCCGGUGGGAACGUGGGCAAAGCCAUACUGCUCUGCUUCCUUUCGGGCGUGGUUGAACUUAUGAUGGGAAUUCUUGGGCUCGGAUUUCUGGUCGACUUUGUGUCCGGUCCGGUUUCGUCCGGAUUUACCUCGGCGGUGUCGUUGAUUAUCGUCACGUCCCAGGUGAAGGAUGUGCUCGGUAUUACGGCUAAAGGGACGACGUUCAUCGAAAUCUGGCGCAACAUUUUCAACGACAUUCACAACGUGCAGGUUUGGGACACGUUCCUAGGGCUCACCUGCAUUGCAGUGCUGCUGAUCAUGAGAAUUAUAGCCGGCCUUAAAAUUGGACCCGCAGAUGACGAGCUAAAGUCCAAAAACCAUCGGAUUAUUAACAAGAUAAUGUGGUUGGUUGGAACCUCCAGAAACGCGCUGCUCGUAGUGGUGUGCGGUGCCAUUGGCUAUACGUUCCAAUCGUCCGCAGCCGCACCGUUUAAGCUGAUCGGGGACAUCCCGCCGGGUUUGCCAUCGUUGAAGGCUCCUCCGUUUUCGCUUACGGGUAACGAAACCAUGAGCGGCCAGGAAGAAUCGUUCAUGGACAUGGUUUCCAGCCUUGGUUCGGGGCUGAUUGUUGUUCCAUUAAUUGCGCUGAUGGAGAACAUCGCGAUCUGCAAAGCGUUCUCAAACGGAAAGCCUGUAGAUGCGACCCAGGAGCUGAUUGCCAUUGGUCUCGCCAACAUAGCGAACUCUUUCGUGCAAGGAUUCCCUGGAACGGGUUCGCUGAGUCGUAGUGCGGUCAACAAUGCCUCCGGUGUGCGUACACCGAUGGGCAACAUUUACACUAUGGCACUAGUGGUGUUGUCAUUGCUCUUCUUCACGCCAUACUUUUCGUACAUUCCGAAGGCGUCGUUGGCAGCCGUUAUCAUUGCGGCAGUUGUAUUUAUGGUGGAGGUAAAGGUAGUCAAACCCAUGUGGAGAACCAAAAAGAGUGACUUAAUUCCUGGACUGGGAACAUUCAUCGCUUGUUUGGCACUCCCGCUAGAGAUGGGCAUCUUGUUCGGGGUAGGAUUGAACGUGGUUUUCAUUUUAUAUCAUGCUGCCCGACCAAAGAUUUCCGUUGAACGCUUAACGAGUCCUGGCGGUGCAGAAUAUUUGAUCAUUACCCCCGAUCGGUGUCUGAUCUUCCCAUCAGUCGACUACGUCCGCAAUCUGGUGACGAAGCAAUCUAUUCGCCAGUCACUGCCGGUAGUAAUUGACUGUUCGCACGUGUACGGUGCCGACUACACUGCCGCUACUGUGAUCGAUAGUAUAACGCAAGAUUUUGCCCGACGCGAUCAGCCUUUAUUUUUCUACAACCUAAAACCGAGUGUUUGUGCAAUUUUCGAAGGAUUGUCACCAGCAGAUUUUGUUGUGUACUAUCGUGAGGAACAUCUUGACGAGCUGCUGAAGCAGCGUGCCUAUAAACCAAAGGAAGUGAUUAGCGUCUAA